AUUGACGUGUUAGAAUAUGUGCAUAGUCAGGAGUACAUUCAUGGUGACGUCAAGGCGCAGAACCUCCUGCUCGGAAUGGAUGAAGGGGACCAACACCAGGUGUAUCUGGUCGACUUCGGGAUGGCCAGCCGCUACGCCAACGACGGCCGCCACAAGCCGAACGUGCGGGACGCGCGCAAGGCGCACAACGGCACGAUCGAGUUCACCAGUCGUGACGCGCACAUCGGCGCCCACUCCCGACGCGGUGAUCUCGAGAUCCUCGGGUACAACCUGCUGCAGUGGGCGUGUGGCCGGCUGCCCUGGCAGGACCACCUGCGGCAAGCCAACGCCGUAGCCCGAAGCAAGUGCGAGGCGAUGGCCGACGUGAGCACCCUGGUGCGCACCUGCUUCCCGCUCGGACUCGUCCCGGGCGCAGAGGCGAUCCAGCGGUACCUGGAGCUGGUUGCAGCGAUGCCGUUUGAUGCCACGCCCGACUACGACGGCCUACGGGCCGCGCUGCGGAGCGGACUGCACGCGCUCGGCUCCCCGCCAGCCCGGCUUCGCUUCUCUCCGGGGGAGGAGUCGGACGCGCCUGCGCGGGGGAGAGCCCGGUCGGCCAACCGCCGUAACCGCUCCCCCCUCCAGCCGGUGCAGGAUUCGUCUCCGCUGCCUCACAGUCGCCGGCGAGCAGCUCCCAAGCAGCGGGCUCGCGGCCGGCCCGUCGACGUCACCUCCGGUCAGAGCAGUGAGGAUGAACAGCAGCCGGCCGCUUCCGUCGAUAACUACGCGACGGACGUUCGGGCGCGGGCGGCGGCCGGCAAGGGAGGCCGAAGGCUGCCGUCCGCUGCUACCAAGCGCAGACAAGCAGUGAGUCACAGGUCCUGCCGGAACCGGCCGUUCGUCGACAGUGAGGACAGCGAGGGUGAGAGCGUCGGGACGAGGGCCCGCGCCACCCGCUCGAGUGCCGCGGUCAAGUCGCGCAACGCUAACGGUGUCGGCUACGACAACUUGACACCGUCCAUGCGGGCCGUGCUGGACCAGCGGGCUCAGAAGAAACACACCAAGUUGCCGCGCGGCCGCGGCCGGGGUGUCCAGGCGGCCGUCGGCGCCGCUUCAUCACGGCCGGAGGACAGCGACGAGCCUGACACUGCGACAGCGGCGAUGGCGCAGGGUCGCGCCGCGCGAGCCGCCGCCCGCCAGGCCCGCUUGUCCUCGUCCGAGACCGGCGUGGCGACGGCGGCCCACUCGCCGCCGCCAGCAGACUGCGACGAGCAAAUGUUCUACACGCCCCCGAGCGCUCCGGCGCGCCGUCGCAGUGGCCGGCUCCGCGUCAGCCGGUCUCCAGAACUGUGGUGACGACUCCGGACUCCGCCGGCGAAGAGUUGGGCCGAGGUGCAGCACCGUGCCACGCCGGAGGGAUUGGACUAGGAAGGGUAAUAGGUUUCGUCGCUCAUGCUUAUGAUCCGCUCCCUCUGGAGCAUUCCGCUCCAACAGCUUUUACGCGAAUCGCCUCAGUUGGCAGUGUGACCGCAUUCAUGUAUAUCGAAGCAACAUUCCACGGCAAGCGUCAGGAGCAACAUCCAUACCCUAUGUCUCCCGACGAAGGAAGCGAAGGCAUCCAAUGGGAAUGGCCUAUCGGGCGCGAGCCUCACUGUGCAGCCAUCUUGUCGCCCUACGUAGUGGCGUGGCUUCUGCUUCACGGAGGAAAAGAUACUUCAGUCGCGGAAUUCUUCACGUGGAACUGAACUUUUCAAUAUACUUUACUGCGCACCUUAACACGUGAACUUCACGGAAUUGCACGGAAGGUUUUAUUCUUUCGACAAUUGUAGUAGAAUACGUUAUUUCCGGUAAGCAAACAGCGCAAAUACCUCGGAUGCUGUCCAGAAGUGUCACUUUCUGGAAUCGGUUCGUGGGUGAGCCGGCAAGGUUGACCCAACCCACGAUCAACGAAAACAGGUCUCGUUCAUUGUUUAUCGAAGGAAGUCAAUCGUGUAGAGCAAACUGUUUCAUGCACAGUGGCGCGGCUCGGCACGUACGGACGAAAGGCUAUGGAAGCCUUCAGGUACAUUGCCAGGAUGAAUGUAUCUCUAUAUUCGCAGGACCGUCUCAACAGACAUGUCGAUGACUGAAAGGACAGACUGGGUAAAGGGUGCUGGCUUGACGGAACACAGGAGAGACCGUCUUGAAGAAUUUUGUGACCGGUGCACUUCACGUCAAUGCGCUGCACAAAAUAUGUGGAUCCCAUUCUCGGGACGCCUUGCGGUACAAACAGCUGAAUGACAUACAACUGGGCUGCACGUAAACCAUGUCCCUCAUUAAAUUUGCAUAUAAUUAGGCUUUACAACAAUACACCCCAUGGCAACUGAAGAAGCAGUCGUUAUGUUUUGAGUACCGAGUGCAACACGUAUAUGCUCUUAUCUCCAGUCACAUGAG